AUGUUAGUCUGUACCACCACAGCCAUCAACGCAGCCCCCUACGGAGUCAUUGGUGUGCUUGUCUACACAGACCCUUUGGACAUCAACGAUGGUCUCAUGUCAGACAUCAAUGAGACGUAUCCUCACUCCUGGUACAUGCCGCCGUCUGGAGUGGAGAGAGGCUCCUUCAACAGUCGCUAUGGAGACUUGCUCACACCCUACCUGGCUGCCAAAGAUGAAACCUACAGAAUUUCAACCGAGAACAUCACAGGGAUCCCUCCCAUUCCAAUUCAACCAAUAGGAUUUGAGGAUGCCUACAGGCUUAUCUGUGAGCUAGGUGGAACAGCAGCUCCAGCUGCAUGGCAUGGAGCAUUCAACUGUACCUACAACUUUGGCGGUCCGGGGUUCAAACCCACAUCUGCUUUCAACAACAGUGAAGUGAAACUGGACAUCUUCAACCAUGAAGAACUGAAAAACUCCUCCAAUGUGAUGGGAGUUAUCAGAGGGAGUGUCGAGCCAGACAGGUAUGUGAUCUAUGGGAACCACAGGGACAGUUGGGUUCAUGGUGCCAUCGACCCGAGCAGUGGGACGUCGGUCAUGCUGGAAUUGACCAGAGUGCUGGGCACGAUGGUGAAGCAGGGCAAAUGGAGGCCUCGCAGGUCCAUUAUAUUUGGAAGCUGGGGAGCGGAGGAGUUUGGCCUUAUUGGGUCUGCGGAAUACACAGAGCAAUACUUCACCAAGCUCAGUGAGCGAACUGUUGCUUAUAUUAAUGUGGAUAUAGCUGUUUUUGCCAACGCCACUCUCAGGGCUUCUGGGAUGCCAUCACUACAGAACGUCAUCUUUAAAGCCACAAAACAGGUCGAUGCACCUGGACUGGACUCCACAUCUGUGUAUGACAACUGGAUUCGAUAUGCCAACAGGACAAGCCCGGCCCAUGGACACAUUCCCAAGGUGGGAUACUUGUCAGGAGCAGGGAGUGACUACGCUGCCUUUGUCCAUUACCUGGGCAUCACUUCCAUGGACAUUUCAUACACAUACGACAGGAGUAAAACAAAUGCUCGGAUAUACCCAGCGUACCACACAGCAUACGACACCUUUGACUACGCUUCAAAGUUCAUUGAUCCUGGAUUCGUCAGUCACCAGGCCAUUGCCAGGACAGCAGGAAACAUCCUGAUCCGACUGGCUGACAGCCUGGUGUUGCCAUUAAACUGCAGUGACUACGCAGAGAGCCUGGAGGACUACCUCAACACAGCAGUCACCCUAUAUCAGCACCAACUGCAAGCUAGGGAAAUCUCCAUGGAACCACUGAAAUACGCAGUGGCCAGCUUUCGCAGUGCAGCUACUCAUUUGGAUGAGGUGAUUCGCAGUUCAGACCUGGCAAAUGAAACACCGCUGAAGGUCAGAAGGAUCAACGACCAGCUCAUGCUGUUGGACCGAGCCUUCUUGGACCCUCUGGCCUUCCCAGAUAAAUAUGCAUACAGGCAUGUUAUCUGGGCCUCAAGUAGUGCCGGCAAGCCAACCUUCCCAGGUCUGGCUGAUGCCUUUGCCAACGCUGAGUCAUCAGGACAAUCCAGUGACUGGGACAAAGUGCACUACCACCUGUCAGUCCUGAGCCAGGCCAUCGAGGGCGCUGCUCACACACUGGUCGACGUCAUAUAGACAAAGAGGAGGAAGGAGAGAGGAACUGCACUCGCUAAGGGAAUAUUAAUUAAAAAAAACGACAGGGACCUGCAGCCAAUGAGCACUGAUCAGCUCGGCCGUGGUGAGACUAUGGGUGAUAUAAAGUGAGGGCUUUUAUGAACCCAUGAGCAAAGCUCAUUGCCAAACAGCAACAUGAAGGGUUUCUUCUAUCUUUGUCACAGGAUUAAUAUAUUUAAAAAUGACUGACCUUUUUUUUUUUUAAAUCACAGCUCUUUAUUAAAGAUGAACCACUGUUGUAGUUUAUUUUCAUGUGCACACCAACUGUUCAAAUUUGCUUACACUACAGAUUGAGAGUCCCUUUAUUUCCUGCAGAUACUAAUACUUUCCACAUUGUGUGAAAAACAGUUUGUACAACAAGAACAUAAAGAAAAGGCAAAUGCAAUUGAUCACUAAUGAAAUAAGAGACACAAAUAUCCUCCACAGUAAAUUACAUUAUCUUGUCAAAAAAUUAGAAAAUCAACGACCAGCUCUUUGACUUUUGGCUAUGUUGGAAAAGUUAUCUGUUCUCAUGACAAUGACCUAUUUUUUUUACAAAAUGAACAUGUAUAGGGUCUUGACAAAGAAAAUGGUGGGGUUGGUUUUUUAUUUCAAGUAUCUUACACAGCACAUUUCUUCUUGAGCAGGAAUAAGUCACAAUCAAUGAGGGAUGAUGACUUGCUAAUUAUUCAGACAUUUACAUCAUCUAUGUGUGCCGAAACUAUUUCAUCUGACAGGAGCAGUUAACAGUCGUACCCCCGAGCCAUCAGACUGUCUAGGAAUGA